ACCCUUUAGGUGUAGCAUUGAGCAUGUGUGCAAAAUACUGGUAUUAAAAUGUAAACAAAAUUGUUCGCUUACAGCUGAAUGUUGCAAAGAUGUGGGUAGUGUUUGUUGUUUGUUUAUAUCUGUGCUAUUCCAGAAAUCUAUGUGGUUUUUACACGUAUGAGGGUCGGUGGUCUGUGUUUUCAGAUUGAAGUUGGUAGGACAACCAAACUUAGUCCUGUUAGCCAUAGCUGAGCCUCUUACGACUCAAGGACAAGCUGGCAAAUAAGACUAAAUGUGUAGUGUAACUAUAUUUAUUUACAUGUAUUUAUAUAUUUGAUUGGAGUUUUACGUCACUGUAGCAAAUAAUAUGUGUAUAUUUCAUUACGUGCUGCCUCAGCUGUGAAUUGAUUCGGAGAGAGGUUAUCAUGUGUCUGUUUGUUGGGUUUUUUUUUGUCACAAGAAAACAGAAUCGGUGGGCAGCAAGCGUAAGAGGAUAAGGAAUCGUGCCUACGAGCAGGUAACAACCUCUGCCAAGUUUGCUCGUCCGGGCCCUGUGUCUGCCUCGGAUGAUUCUGGAAGCCCCCAAAAAAGCAAAGGAAAGGGAACUCGUAGAGGCAGAACGAAGGGAAAGAGGAAGCGAGGCUCUGCACAGAUGUCAGAUGAAGAAGAAAAUGCAGUGGUCAGUCCUGAGGCAGAACAAUUACCAGGAGAGAGAGAGGUAGGCACGGAAAUGUUACAUAUGCCAACUCUGGUCUCUGCUGACGAAAACAUAUCUGAGAAAAAGAGCAAAGGAACCAAGAAAUCUCCAAGUGCAAAGCAAAGGAAGAAAGCGGAAUCAAAUUCCAAACAGACCAAAUGUCCUAAGGUGGCAUUGAAAGGAAGUAAAUCGCUUGGGAAAAAGAAGCAGGGCAAACCAAGUUGUUCACCGUCAAAGUCUAAAAAGGCUUCAGCAUCAGGGACACAAAGAAAGCAACAAAAUCAAAAUGAUGCCCAGAGUUUGAAAUAAUUAUACUGAUGUUAGUGUUUUAUGAUGAUUUGCGCAUUUUGUUUGGAUUAAUUCAAAAUUCCAAAAAUUCCAUAAUGUGAAGGAAACAGCUUGUCCUGUUAUCAUGGGAGUGGCCGAAUUCGACAAUCGCUGACAAAUUGCACCAUUUACGUUUCAUUUGGCGUUCAACACCAAUUCACUGCCACAGGUUAGUAAGACUGUGGCUUGAUUUAUUUAUCUGAUUAUUUGUGGGGACUAGCUAUAUUCAAGAAUAUUUCACUUAUAUAACGGCGACCGUCAUUAAACCAGGCAAAGCCCUGGGGAAAGCCACGAUCAUCCGCAGGUUGCUGGAUGACCUUUCCAUGUACGUCCGGAGAGGAAGCCAGCAUGAGAUAAACUUGAACUCACAGUGGGAAGCCUCUGAAUCAUUUCGCU